AGUACUGACGGUCGCCACCACCGACGACAGCGACGAUCUUUCGGUGGGGUACGCGCGGCAGCCGGUAGGCGGGCGUUCGCAUAGUGUUACGAAUUACGAUGAUCGCUGCUGUGGUAGUAUGCCUUUGUUAUCAUCCGAACCCAUUCGCGCCAGGUGUCUAGUAAAAUCGAAUUUGGUCUCGACCCGAGCAAACGUCGCCAACAACAGAAUGCCAAACAUCAAGGUGUUCAGCGGCACGUCGCACCCAGACUUGGCGCAGCGGAUCGUCGACCGGUUGGGCAUCGACGUCGGCAAGGUGGUCACCAAGAAGUUUAGCAACCUCGAAACAUGUGUUGAAAUUGGAGAAUCAGUCAGAGGGGAAGAUGUAUACAUUAUACAAAGUGGUAGUGGCGAAGUUAAUGAUAACUUGAUGGAACUAUUAAUCAUGAUAAAUGCUUGUAAAAUAGCAUCUGCAUCACGUGUUACUGCUGUCAUACCAUGUUUUCCAUACGCUAGGCAAGAUAAAAAGGAUAAGAAUGGCGACAUCCCCGAGAAAGACAAUAAUAGAUCAAGGGCAACCGUCAAGUGCAAUGAAUGGAAGUUUCGGGAGUUAUUUCGAGAUUUUGUGAUCGGCAAUCAGAGUAGAGCACCAAUAUCUGCUAAAUUAGUUGCUAACAUGCUGUCAGUAGCUGGUGCUGAUCAUAUAAUAACUAUGGACCUCCAUGCUUCUCAAAUACAAGGUUUCUUCGAUAUACCUGUUGAUAAUUUAUUUGCUGAACCAGCUGUGCUAAAAUGGAUAAAAGAAAAUAUACCUGAAUGGAGAAACAGCAUUAUAGUGUCACCAGAUGCUGGUGGUGCUAAAAGAGUCACAUCAAUAGCCGAUCGUUUGAAUGUUGAGUUUGCUCUUAUUCACAAAGAAAGAAAGAAAGCUAAUGAAGUGGCAUCAAUGGUUCUAGUGGGUGAUGUUAAAGAACGUAUUGCAAUCUUAGUUGAUGAUAUGGCAGACACUUGUGGCACAAUAUGUCAUGCUGCAGAAAAGUUAACUGAAGCAGGUGCCACUAAAGUGUAUGCAAUUUUAACUCAUGGUAUAUUUUCCGGACCUGCUAUAUCUCGUAUUAAUAAUGCAUGCUUUGAAGCUGUUGUAGUUACCAAUACCAUUCCACAAGAUGGCCAUAUGAAAGAAUGUCCUAAAAUUCGUUGUAUAGAUGUAUCAAUGAUGUUUGCUGAGGCUGUUCGGCGGACACACAAUGGUGAAUCAGUAUCUUAUUUGUUUUCAAAUGUGCCUUAUUGAAAUGUUUAAUCAUGUUUUUAUUAUCAUUGCUAUGUACAUGUUUAUUUAUAUAUUCAUAGAUUCAUACAAAACCUUAUGUGCUCAAUAAAAUAUUGUAAAAUUAUACAGUUUAUAAGAAAUUAAUGUUACAUUUUGAAAUAGAUAAAGUCUGUUAUAAAUGUAAUAAAACACUUUUUUUUUUAAAUGUCAA